GGCGUCGAGGGGAAUUCCAUGCAAAUAUGAUCCCCGAGAUCCCGGCAAGUGCAAAGUCCAUGAACAUACAGCUCCAAGAUUUCACGCUGGAGGAGCUAUGGUGAGGUUUGGCCAAAUCACAGGGAGGGAAAUAAACGAAUUUCAUCUCCGAGAGCUUCAUAUCCCAGUAGUUAGGAGCUCAAAUCCUGCCAUUCUGCGUGGGGGUCGAGGGAAAUUCCAUGCAAACAUGAUCCCCGAGAUCCUGGUAAGUGCAAAGUCCGUGAACAUACAGCUCCAAGAUUUGACGCAGGAGGAGCUAGGGGGAGAACGAGUUGAAGAGGACGAUGAACCGUCGUAUGAUUACAUGAAUUGCACAGUUGACAUCGGUUCUUAUUGUUCUUCACUGAGACAAAUUAUGGCCACUCCGUUGACUCAAGUGGGUCGUGGGAGUCAU